AUGGCAGCGACAGCGCAGCGGGUUUGCAAAAACCCGAGCAACUCGGGAAAAGCAGAAACCGUCUUCAAGGCAUUGACAUUUCCCUCAAGCAACAAUGGUGGGACAGAAGCCAUGGGCCUUCAGAAAGAGGGGGUUUUCUCGAGCGCAUCCCGCGAGCCGGAAACCGCCGUCUUGGAACUCGAGGAUAUCGAUUUGGAAACAGGACAUCCGGCCCCGAACGAUGAAGGAAGUGUCCCCGGAAAAUAUGCAAGAUAUACUACACGCAGCAGCACCUCUGGGGGGUCUGCCGACUGUCUUUCAGAUGACGGCGACCUCAGCAGUACAACUGAGACCAUAGAAACAUCCAUCGGCGUGCUGGACGAGAAGAGAAAGACAGCGACAGCGAGUACUGCAGUGGUGAUUUUGAAAUCGUUUGUGGGGGCGGGGAUUCUGUUUCUUCCACACGCAGUGAUGAAAGGCGGCGUCCUGUUUUCGCUCGGUUUGCUCGUCGCAGUGGUGUGUCUUGCUUUGUACUGCAUGCAUUUAUUGAUUCAGUGCUGCGUCCCGGGCAGCGCGGACAGCUAUGAAGAGCUGGGCGACAUGGCGCUGGGCCCCUGGGGCGGUCUAGCGAUCGAGUUGUGCGUCUUCAUCUCGCAGCUUGGCUUCUGCACAAUCAACGCAGCUGUCGUCGCAGGCAAUCUGCGCGACGUUCUUUGGAGCGCGAUGCAGUGUUCGCCAGAUUUCCGUCUCUCGGUGAAGUCGCUCAUCUGGUGCGGAGCAAUUAUCUACAUCCCUCUGAGUUUGAUCAAACACAUAAAAUACCUCGCACCGCUCAUGCUCAUCGGGAACCUCAGCACAGUCGCCGGGGUCACACUUCUAAUGGUCGCAGUCGGAAUGGAGAUCGGCGUGAAUCAUGGAGUCAACAGCGUCGACCUCGCCAACACCAGCAACUGGCCGCUCGUGCUCGGAACGAGCAUCUACCUCUGGGAAGGCGCAGGCCUGGUUUUGCCCAUUCGCAAAUCUUCUAAAAAGUCGGUCCAGGAUAACUUUUCGAAGCUCCUUAUCGCGUGCCUGGUCGGGUUGGUGGCAAUGUAUAUCGUCUACAGUAUCACCUGCAAUUUGGCCUACGGGAAAAAGCUUGAGGUCGUCAUUCUCUCGAAUAUGACCUCAGGCAUUUUCGGCCUGUCCGUGCAGACCAUUUUCGCAUUCGGAGUGCUGGUCACCUACCCCCUCAUGCUCUUCCCCGCGAGCGUCAUCGCCGAACAGAGACUCUCGUCAGUCAUUGACGUUUCCGAGCGUAUUCUCAACUGGGUUGUUGGACCGGCGAUUAGAGUCUCACUUGUCAUUCUAACCCUGGGGAUGGCGACGGUUGGCCUUCAGCAACUGGACAAUCUGGUAGCUCUGAUCGGCGGCGUGUGCGGGGUUCCACUUUCGUUUAUCUUUCCCGUGAUCUUGCACAUGAGACUUCGCGGAGACAAACAUCUCGCCUUCAAGGCCCUUCAUUGGACUAUUGUCCUGGGCGGUUUCGCGAUUCAGGUUUUCUCCAUCACGUGGACAAUCAAGUCUUGGAAGGGCGUCGAAGACUAUCCGGCGCGGUGCACCGGAGGGCUUUAG